ACAAAAUAUUUUUCGCCAUACACGCGCAGGUCAUUGUAAGUGGCUUCCGGCAACAUUUUCCCGACUCCGACUUAGGAAUGUCGAAGAAAGCAGAACUAGCUGCGCCGCCGUCAGCGGCGGAGACGGCGUACUUCGGAGAGACCUGGCGGGAAUUUAAUGACGGAUUAACUUACCAUGACAUUGUCCGACGCAUCGAUGCUGGCUUUCUUUUUUGUGCAAAAUCUACAGGUCUUACACUGAUCGAAUUCUACUCCAGAAAGUACAAAAGUUCAGCUCCUUUACAAGGUUGGUUGCAGAGAAUUCAAAAUAAGCAGAUAACAGUUGACGGUAAAGUUGUUACUAUACCAGAUACUGAACUCAGUUUUUGGAUGAGCAGAGCUGGUACAGAACUAGUAUAUCAUCGACUUCCUUGGAGAGAACCUGAUGCACCUUACUUGUUACAAGUACUAUUUGAAGAUAACUAUUUGAUUGCUCUAAAUAAACCUUCUGGUUUGCAAGUCCUUCCUGGAGGGUUGUUCCAGCAGCGGACUGUCUUGACACAACUCCAAUGGCAUGUGAGCAAGCUGACAACCUCUUCCUCGGGUUGUCGAAAAACACAUCCUGUCCCAGUUCAUCGCCUAGGAAGGGGUACAUCAGGAAUACUUCUCUGUGCGAAAACAAAGCUCGCUAAAUCUCGCCUUGCGGCAUAUUUUGCUGAGGGGACGUCGGUUGUUGAAGACAAAUACACCAACUCAGAGUGCAAGAAAAUGAGGAAAAUUAGCAAGAUAUAUCGGGCGCUUGUAAGUGGUGUGAUUGAUAUGGAUGAGGUUGUCAUCAAGCAACCAAUUGGGACGAUUAAAUAUCCUGGAGUUGCUAAAGGGUUGUAUGUUGCUUCUCCUUCAGGGAAGCCAGCUCUGAGCAGUGUUCGCGUUCUUGAAAGAGAUUUAGAGAAUAACAGCACAUUGGUCCAGGUUGAAAUUCAAUCUGGAAGGCCACACCAAAUCCGUAUCCACCUCUCUUUCAUUGGACUUCCACUAAUUGGUGAUCCUCUUUAUGUUUCUGGCGGGCAACCAAAGUGCUUUGAUCCUGAAUUAAUGGAUGAAAGUUUUGAGAAAGAUGGCGGCUAUCAAAGACCUGAGAAUCCUGUUCCUGGAGACUGUGGAUAUAACCUGCAUGCACAUCAAAUAGUUCUUAUACACCCAAUCACAAAUGAGGUUAGUUGUUUUUCACAAUAUUGUUUUAGAAGCCAGUAAUUUCAAUUCUAGUCAUUACCUAGCCACAAAAAAAUAAAAAUUGUACGUUAGUCAUUUGCAGUUUUACAUAACUGAUCAGAGGAAUACUUAACUAAGAUGCUUGUUUUGAUGUUUA